AUGAAACAGUUCCAGGGCGAAGGACAGUGGUGGUUGUCCCAGACCCGGGAAGUCUGUAUAGCCACACGUGAUCGCAUCCCGAUUAAGUCCAAACAAACACCUUCACGUCGGUCACCAGCAGCACAUAUCUCAAUCUCCAGCCAUGGUUCUCCUCAUGAGCAUCAGCAGACGGUGCUGCUCUCCCGCAUCAUCACCAAUAUUGAGAAACUUAAUGAAGCCAUUAUGGUCAUGAACAAAGGUCUCCAGGAAGUCAACAUCCAAAACAUGAACGUUGAGCUUGUGGCGCAAAUGUUCAAGAACUACCAAUCCAAUGUUCUCUUCCACCUCGAAGCCACUGAGAACCUCAAGGACCCAUCCUAA